AUGGCGCGUAGAUACGACAGUCUCACAACUAUGUUUUCCCCGGAGGGUAGACUCUAUCAGGUUGAGUAUGCGAUGGAAGCUAUCAGCCACUCUUCCUCUGCUAUUGGGAUAUUAUGCAAAGACGGUAUCUUACUUGCAGCCAAGAAGAAACGAGUUGCGCGAUUAAUCGACCGUUCCCGCGACUCGGACAAGAUGUACGAGUUAGACACGCACGUCGCGUGUGCGGCUGCGGGGAUCACCUCCGACACAAACAUCUUAGUCGACUACUUAAGGGAAGUCUGUCAACAGCACCACUUCACAUAUGGCGAAGAGAUCCCCGUCGAGUUAUUAGUACAGCGCGUUUGUGACAUGAAACAGAGUUACACGCAGUACGGUGGGUUACGACCAUAUGGCGUCUCCUUUUUAUACGCCGGCUGGGACAAGUACUUUGGGUAUCAACUGUACAUGUGUGACCCCUCUGGAAAUUAUGGGGGCUGGAAAGCCACUGCAAUCGGCGCAAAUUUCCAAGCAGCAGAAUCCAUCAUGAAAACUGAAUACAAAGAGGACAUGACCAUCGAAGACGCUAAAAAGCUUGUAGUCAAAAUCUUCUCGAAAAGUGUUGAGAGUUCAUCUAUGGUCCCUUCAAGACUCGAGUUCGGUGUCUUUACGUUGGACGAGAACAACAAAAAGCCGGCGUUCAAAAUCAUGAAGGACGCUCAGGUCGCUGAAUUACUCAAACAAUGUGGUAUUGAAAUGGUCGAGGAUCGUGAUUAA